AUGAUUGCUUUACAGUUCAUUGCCACUUUGGCUGCCAUAGCCGGCGUGUCCGCCGUGCCCGCGCCUCUUGAACUCAUCCAAGCCUCGACUCCUGCCGGGACUGGCACCAACAACGGCUAUUUCUACUCUUUCUGGACAGAUGGCCAGGGUUCCGUUACAUAUAACAACGGCCCAGCUGGUGAAUACAACGUUCAAUGGAGCAAUGUUGGAAACUUUGUCGCCGGAAAAGGAUGGAACCCAGGCGGCCCGAAGGUGAUUACCUACAAUGGUACCUGGAAUGGGGCAAACGUGAACAGCUAUCUCUCUGUUUACGGUUGGACGACGAACCCACUGAUUGAGUACUACAUCGUCGAAUCGUAUGGAAGUUAUAACCCAUCAACCGGUGCCCAGAAGAAGGGCACAGUCACGAGUGACGGAGGCACCUACGACAUCUACCAGACUCAGCGUGUCAAUCAGCCCUCCAUUCAAGGUACCGCAACCUUCAAUCAGUUCUGGUCAGUCCGCCAGGGUAAGCGAGUGGGCGGCACCGUCACAACUCAAAAUCAUUUCGAUGCGUGGGGAAAGGCUGGCCAAAAGCUUGGUUCGCAUAAUUACAUGAUCGUUGCCACAGAGGGCUACCAAAGCAGUGGCUCUGCCGACAUAACGGUCAGCGGUCAGUAG